GAAACCUAAAAACAAUAUCAAGUUAUCCGGCGCUGCAGCAAGAAAAUUGCUCAUUUUCCAAUGGCAAAUAAGCUCAGGUUAGAGGGUAAAGUAGCUGUAAUAACAGGUGGUGCUAGUGGCAUUGGUGAAGCAACUGCGAGAUUGUUCGUUGAACAUGGGGCCCACGUCGUCAUUGCCGACAUUCAGGAUGAACUUGCUCUCCAAGUCGUCUCCUCUAUCGGAUCAGACAACGUCUGCUACCGACGCUGUGAUGUAACCGAUGAGAAACAAGUAGAUGAAACUGUCGCCUUCGCUGUCCAAAAAUACGGUACACUCGACAUCAUGUUCAGCAACGCCGGCAUCCUCGGCCCCUCCGGGAGCUUACUCGAAAUGGAUAUGGCGGUAUUUGACAGGACAAUGGCUGUAAACACGCGGGGAGCCGCGUUAGCCGUGAAGCACGCGGCUAAAGUAAUGGUAGCUAAAAAAAUCCGCGGCUCCAUAAUAUGUACGGCUAGCGUAGAGUCUAUUCUAGCUGGUGCAGCUUCGUUGGCGUACAUCGCAUCGAAGCACGCCGUCCUUGGUGUGGUGAAAGCUGCGGCGCGUGAGCUGGGGCAACAUGGAAUUAGAGUGAAUUGUGUAUCGCCUUUUGGCGUAGCCACGCCGAUGGUGUGCAAAUCGUUUGGCGCUGAUGCCGCCGAUAUUGAAGCUAUAAUAUGUGGAAAUGCAAAUUUGAAAGGUGUUUCUCUAACCACAAUGCAUAUAGCAGAAGCUGCGCUUUUCUUGGCGUCGGAUGAAUCGGCUUACAUUAGUGCUCAUAAUUUAGCUAUCGAUGGUGGACUUAGUUCUAUCAUGAAAAUAAAUGUUAACUAAACCGGGCAGUACAUUGUUUUGUUUCAAUAAAUGCUAACAGCCUGUUUAUGGCCCGUUAGUUUAAAUAUAAUAUUUGUGUAAUAUCUAAUUUUAGUGCAAUUUUAUGUCACCUUAUUAAAUGAGAAUAUUAUUGU